GUAGGAACCCUCCGCCAGCGCCGGGGAGAAAUUAUUUUAUGGAGAGAGAAUGCGGAGAAAUUAUGUCACUAAAGAAAACACAAGCACACCUCAGCGAAAAAUUACCAAAUAAGGCACGCACUGCACUGCACACACUCGCGUCUCGCGCGGAGUCCCGGGGGAGUCGGAUAAAGGAGGGGGUGUGUGCGGGGGUGGUGCUGAACGAACAGCUCCCGUUAACAGCGCGCUCCAGUAAAUAAAGUCAUCAGUAGACCUCGCGGCGCGCAACAGUCACCGAAAGACACAGUGGAGCCAUGAACCAGCAGCCGAGCUCUCCGGCCUCCAGACUCGCGCUUAAACUUUGGGAGCCCGUCAAGUCACCCAGACCAUGAAGAGGCAAAACGUGAGGACUCUCGCGCUCAUCAUCUGCACGUUCACCUACCUUCUGGUUGGAGCCGCCGUCUUCGAUGCCUUGGAAUCUAAGAAAGAGACCACUCAGCGGAAGAAACUGGACGAUAAAAAAUUAGACCUAAUGGACAAGUACAACCUGACGAAGGAAAACUUUUACGAGUUGGAAACGGUUGUGUUGCAGCUGAAGCCGCACAAAGCCGGGGUUCAGUGGAAAUUCGCCGGGUCUUUCUAUUUUGCCAUCACUGUGAUCACGACCAUAGGGUAUGGGCAUGCGGCCCCCAGCACGGACGGCGGUAAGGUGUUCUGCAUGUUCUACGCGCUGCUGGGCAUCCCGCUGACGCUGGUGAUGUUCCAGAGCCUGGGCGAGCGCAUCAACACGCUGGUGCGCUACCUCCUGCACCGCCUGAAGAGGGCGCUGGGCCUGCGGCGGCCCGAGGUGUCCAUGGCCAACAUGGUGGCCAUCGGCUUCUUCUCCUGCGUGGGGACGCUGUGCGUGGGGGCCGCCGCCUUCUCCCGCUACGAGACCUGGAGCUUCUUCCACGCCUUCUACUACUGCUUCAUCACGCUGACCACCAUCGGCUUCGGCGACUACGUGGCCCUGCAGAAGGACGAGGCGCUGCAGAACCAGCCGCGCUACGUGGCCUUCAGCUUCAUCUACAUCCUGACCGGCCUCACCGUCAUCGGCGCCUUCCUCAACCUGGUGGUGCUGCGCUUCAUGACCAUGAACGCCGAGGACGAGAAGCGCGACGCAGAGCAGCGGGCCCUGCUGUCCCGCAACGGGCAGCCGGCGGGCGCGGGGGCGGGGCCUCAGCACCCGCACGCCCCCCGCAGGCCCGGGGACCCCGCCUCCUUCUCCUCCUCCUCCUCCUCCGCGGGCGGGGUCGGGGGGGGCGGCGGCGGGGGGGGCGGCGGCGGAGGAGGGGGGCGGGGCCUGCGGAACGUGUACGCGGAGGUGAUGCACUUCCAGUCCAUGUGCUCCUGCCUGUGGUAUAAGAGCCGGGAGAAGCUGCAGUACUCCAUCCCCAUGAUCAUCCCGCGCGACCUGUCCACCUCGGACACCUGCGUGGAGCACAGCGAGGCCUACACCGACCCACUGUCCAACGGCUGCGUCUGCGGCCUGCAACGCCGCUCCGCCAUCAGCUCCGUCUCCACCGGCCUGCACAGCCUCUCCACCGCCCGCGGCCCCACCAAGCGCCGCAGCUCCUUCUAGUGGCCGGGAGGACCCACUACGCUUCCCCUCGUUUCCCUCUGUGUGGCUGUGGGGUCCACUGCUGCAGACUAACCACAGCGCCAGCUAGUGGCCGGGAGGACUCACUGCACCCCCCCCCGUUUCCCUCUGUGCCCGUGAGAGGACUACUACAUUAAACGAGCCACAGCGCCACCUAGCACCCUGGAGGACUCACUGUGUUCUCUUUUUGUCCUCAGGUGCUCGGGGGGGGCGGACUAUCACGCUAGACCAAACUGAGGCACUGUUUUAGACUAAAUAACCAUUAAAUCUGUUGGGGUUUGUCUUAAGAUUUUUUUUGUUUGUUUCAUUAUUUGCUACUUUGGUAAUAAAUGUACUUGAACUCACAGGUUAUAAUGCCUACAUAUCAUUUAAGCAUUGUUGACAGUGUUAUGUGGCAUUAUGACAUUUGUCUGUUAGCUGUAAUAAGCUGCCGUGAUUGGCUAGGGGAGGUGUCAUGUCAUGCUUAAGACAUUGUUAUACAGGCUUACAGUUCAAGUUCCAGUCCUUUUUUACUUUCUCCCUCAUGUUUAUAGUGUAUUAUCUGAUUUAUCUUUUGAUAGAGGGGGUUUUCUGAGAGACAAAAAGACACUGUUAAUGUUUAAUAUUCUUAAUAUUCUUAUGAUGAACCUGAAAAAAUUGUAUAUAAAGUAAUAUUAGUAUCCCAAUUUUUGGGAUUUUGCUUUUGAGUUUUACAAAUUAAGCAUGUUUUUCCCCAAUAAACAAUAUAUGGGGAGGGUGGACUUUUGAGUGACACUACUGCUCAUAGAAAGAAAAAAAAACUGUGUACAUAUAUGUAAUUUUGACACUUUAUAUCAACUGUUUCUGGUAUUAGAAAGAGCCUAUUUUUUACACUUAAGGGAUUGAAACCAAUUAUCGUAGGUUCCUGUUAACCUGAAGUUCAGUUUCAGGUUCACACACACACACACACACACACACAUAUUUUACCCUGCUCAAGAGUUUAAUUUUGUACAAAGUUUUAUUAUUUCCAUUCUAACUAUCUCUCUUUUGUCAUACCAGUUUAUUUGUUUUAAUGUUUUUUAAAAUUUUAUUUCCCUUACGACCACACACACGUGCGAUGGUUUUACUGAGCACGUUAGUCUGAUUUCAUGUAGAUUUUUAACCCUUUCACGACUGCACUUUACAAUGCUGUUAUAGGUGCGUGAUACGUGCGUAAUAAGUGCUGUUAUAAGGCAUUGGUGACAAUGCACUCUAUCGUACAAUAAGGGCAUCCAACUGCCAAGAUUAAAUAACACUUUGUUUCUGGUUUGUUUUUUUAAAUAAACGUGUGGAUGUAUUUGUUUAUGACUUUAGUCUAUGAUGCAGCACUUCUCCAGAGACUGAGAAUGUUGAGCAGAAAUCAAACUUUGAGAAGAGGAGCAGGGUGUGAAAAGGCUCUACUGUCUGUGGGAACACCGCUUUCCUUUUCCAGAAAUAUGAAUUAUGAGUGAGAGACAGGAGCCACUCUGUCAUAUCCUGUGUGCUAAGAUCAUAAUUCUAAUAACUUGAUUGAGAAAAUAAGUAUUGUAUGGUUUGGUUGUGAGUUUAUUUAUUGUUGAAUUUAUUAAUCUGCCACGAAUAAACCAAAUUUCCAAUGAAUAGAAAUGAGACAAAAUCUAAUUAGGGCCUGUCAUCAUUGGGUCUUGUGUUAUCAGAUUCUAGCAAAAACAAAACAGGAAUUGCUGAGUAAUGCAGUGAUGAAUACAGCUAUGCAUUUCAUUCUGUGUCCCUUUCACAUUUACUUUCAGGAGUAGCAUUAAAAUACUCCAUAUUUACCUGGUAAUUAUUUACUUAAAAAUUUAAUAUUUAUGAUUAUAUUUGUGAAUGUAAUAUGAAUUAAUCACAGACCAAACUAAAUAUCCACAUCAAGACAAAUCCUACUGGAUAAUUUGAAGCUGUAACAAAAGUUGAUGUCAGAAAACUAUGAAGCAUGAAACACAUGGCAUUGCAUUUAGACAGACAGAGAGAGAGAGAGAAAGAAAAACAGAGACAAAGGAGGAGGGAGAGAGAGAAAUUGAAUUGACCAAUUUGCUGGAAGUUACUGAAGUUAUUCAGAGAGAUUGCAUGGGAAAGGAAGAUACUUUUUGUGAUUUAAAUGCAAUUUGUACACCCACCCCCCACCCCACCCCGGACUGCUUAAAUCCUGCUUCAUAUUCUAACAGCUCUGACAUUUCUGAGGGUUUCAGUGAAUCUGAGGACUGAAAAUUGCGCUCAUGAUGACAGUCGCCCCAUUCAGAGGGUGAAUGGGAAUUCUCACAGAGCAGAACCAGUGAUGGCUCCAGUGUAAAUUUCCACUGGCUGCACGGUCCUAAGAUUUGAGUAGGUGCAGAGGAUUCCAUGCACCAGUGCUCUUUCCCACAGGAAAGCACGUCACCCCGAUGCCAUCGUCAUGGAGACCAACGUCAUGGAUACCAUCACCCCCUCUGAUGAGUGUGUAAAAUAUCCCAAUAUGAUAGAUCUGGAUGUGGGACGAGGGGGGAAUGGGGGGGGGGGGGGUGAAGGGAUCAUUUACCAGAAAGGUAAACAGAACCAGCGAUUCUCUGGGGGCUCAUUUGGCUCCAGCCUGUUCCCCGCCGCCCCCCCGCCCCCCCAGCGUUAGUCAGCAGGACUGGUCCUCUGUCCGGCCCGUAUGACGCAGUUACGCUGCUCUCGGGGAUAACCGCGCCUGCCACUGUGCAGCAGGUCAGCGGGAAUUCAGCUCCAUCAUAAACGGGUUCAUACGAGUCCGACAGGGACUGUGUGCUCAGAAAGAGUCCGAGUCGAUCAAACCCGGAUGACUCGAGUCGUUCCAUCGGCAGUUAAGGGACUGCCGAUGAAAACUAGCCUUAUGGCUAACUCGGGUACAUUCACAUUUGUUUAAAUGUUGAUUAAUGUACAUUGUCCCUUUCCAAAUAAAGAAAUAAAAAUUUUAAAAAUUAAA